AUCAAGAUUAAUAUAAAAAUGUAUUAGAAAUACGCACUUUGAGUAUUUAUGAGUAAUUAAUAUUUUUUCUAAAAAUAUGUAAACACUUGAUUCAACAGUGAAAUGGUUCAACAAGACUGAAGGCAGAGAUAAGAUAUGCAAAGUUUUGCAAUACGGAUCCAGAUUUUUAAUGUGGCACCUCAAGACAAACAGUGGAAAUGAACAAUUGUCCAAUCAAUUUAAGAAUUUAUUUUGUACUUGAUUUGUUUAUCACUAUAUAGAAAGCACAAGAGAUGCCAGAAAGUUAUUCAGAUUAGCCAAGUCUCUGAAUGAAUUGUAAACUAUAAUUGAUAAAUUGGGAUAAAAUUGCAAGAAUCCUCAAGAGUAGUUAGCCAAGGCAUUAAACAUUUUAACCAGAGUUUGGUUUCUGUUAUAUUGGUAUACAAAUUCACUAAGGUUUUAGGUUUUUUGAUAACUUGAGUGUGUUAUCAUCUAUCAAGUUCACCACCAGCGAUCCAAAGCCAUUGCAAAAAAAAGCAAUGACAUUUUGGUUUAUUGCAAUCAUAACAAACCUUGUUGACACUAUUAGAUCAUUGGUUGUCAACUUCUAAUAUAUCUAACAAAAUAAAUCUAAUCAAAGUGCUCAACAAUAAGUCUAAAAUAAAUAAAACCAAAACAAAGCUCUUUACCUAAACCUGAUCAAGAUAUUUGGAGAUUUGAUGCCAGCUGGUUAAGGGUCAGAGUUUUUCCCCAAAGUUUUAAAAAUCAACCUUAACGAUGGAGUUAUAGGCCUUGGAGGUUUGAUAUCAGGAGCCAUAGCAGCUUAUUAAGCAUAUUGAUUAUUAUACAGAAUCAUAUAUUAUAAAUAUCGUCAUAU